AAAAAGUUUGUAUCUGUUGAAAAUUAGAUUAGAUAAAUGAGUUCUAAACUAAAAAGUUUGUAUCUGUUGUUUACAGAUUCCAAGAGGUGGUCUCUCUGAAGGCUGAAAAUGUACUGGGAGCAGAAAAUAGAAGGCCAGUUCCCAGAUGGGAGGCAAUCAUCCGAAGAACAUUAAAACAGGACAGAGGAACCUGAAACUAAGCUCAAGAGUUACAGUUUUCCGCCCUCUCCAGUUUUAAGGACUUCUUCUGCUGAUGACAUAAUUGCGGAUGUGGUUGAUGCUCCUGAACUGGAUAGAAUGGAAGAUGAGGCAUCUGAUUUUUGAGAAUAAUACUAUCAACCUAGGAAAGAAUCUCUAUUUAAAGAGAAUAUAUGGAAUUGAUUGUGACAGUAGAUUGGAUUGGCCUGAACAUCCCCUUGAUCCGACACCUCAAGUUCUUUCUUCUAAUUUUAAGUUGAGGAGAGUCUUCAGUAGUACCGCGAGAGUUGGUUUUGGUACCAUAGACAAUCCUCUUGCUUUUGACACUACGGGAUUAGACGGUAGAGGGUUAAAAAGGGUGCACCAAAGCUCAAGAAACUUAGGAUUGAUGUGGAUGGAUCAAAAAGAACCUGUAAUUCUUGAUGCUCUUUUAGAUAGCCCUGAUCAAUCUUGUGAUGAGGAAAAUGACUUGUUUGAAGAAUUUUCAGAGGUUCAAGAAGAAAAUUCACUUCCUAAUCAUACAGUGAAGUCUGGUCCAAUGUAUAUACGUAUUGUCGGCAAGCACAUGGUUGGUAUAUAUGUAUUAGUUUGGGUACGUCAAAGAUUGAAGAAACAUAUAAACAACUUGCAAGUCUCUGCUAGUGGAAUUGGACUUAUGGGAUACAUGGGCAAUAAGGUUGGUCGAUAUUCAUACAGAAACUUUUGAAGCUUUAGUUCAAAGGGAGAACUGCAUUCAUGUCUGAAGGUCCCGACUGAUGGCCUGAUAGACCUCCCCAGUAGCAUAGUUAAGUUCUAGCAGGUUGGCUAGCCCCUUUCUUCUAGAACUGCCAUAUUUAUGAGGUUUGUUAGAUUUAUAUAUAUUUUUGGGUAGGUCGGGGCCCUGUCCCACCAACAUUUAUUACUCUUAGAGGCUUACAGAUAGUGUGUGGGUUGUAUAGAUAUGUUAUGGCCAUGUUGGCCUGGUUUAUGGGUUUGUUGAGACUAGUUUGUUGUUUGAUGUAAUUUGUUGAUAUAUAAU